AUGAAAAGUCAAUUUAAUGGUUAUUUAAAAGAAGAUAAACGUUUAUUUACUUAUCCAGCUGUUUCAUUUGUAUUUGGUAUGCGUGACAUUGAUGAUGGUUAUAUAUUUGAUAUGAAUGAUCGUGGUCGUUUACAUUUAAUGCCACUAUAUCUUGUUACGGAUGAUAUUUUAGUAGCAAAAGUUAUUAAUGAUCGAGUUAAAUUAAAUGUAUCAAAAACAAAUCAUUUGAAUAUGAUUAAAUAUAUAAGAAAAAUAAAUAAAAAUUUAAUAGAUAGUUUAAUUUCUAAUACAGUACGUACAAUUGAUUAUAAAACUGAAAAUGAUCAAUCUGAUCAUGAUGGAUAUAUUGAAAAAAAACUAGAUCAAAUAAAUUUAACUUUAUAUAAAAUAAGUAAUAAACAAUUAAAAAAUCGUUUAAAUCCAAUUAUUAUUUAUUCAAAUUAUCGAAAAUCAUUCAAUAGAACAUUAGAAAGAAUUUAUAAAGAACAGAUUCAAAGUAAUUAUGAUGUUAAUGAAACUCGAAUAUCUAUAAAUAAUACACUACAUGAUGCAUUGAUAGAUGAAUAUCAAUGUUCAGCAUUGAAAACAGCUAUGCAAUGUAUAACGGGUGCAGCUGGUGCUGAUAAUAUACCAACAGAUUUUUGUAAUAGGAAUACUUACUGAACAACGGAUCAUUUAAUUGGGUAGUUUUACCUGAUAAACCAUCAUCAAUCGAUGGAAAUGAGAUAGUUCGAUGAAGAGUAUUGAUUAAGAUAUCGUUUUCAUUCGUAAACUUGAAUUAUCUUUUGUAAAAUAUAGAUGAUCGAUUUGAAAUACCUAUAAUUAGUCAAUUAAAUAAAAAAAAAAGGAACACUUACUUGUCGACAACUUACGAGGGAACCCCACCAACUGAUUAAAAUCUUUCUGACUCAUAUUUACACCAUACGUAGUGCUUAGUGGGACUAGAUGAAUCCUAAAAGGAUUUCCUUGAAUGGACCUAUUUGGCUAAGAUAUGAACAUUUCAAGUUUAGGAAUGAAAAUGUAGAUAGAUUGGUCGUUGUGCAUGAAUUAUAAUGUUAAUAUGUGUCAAAAGAAAAAUCUACUUUUCAAAAUACUUAUAGAUUGAAGUGUUUUACGCAUUUCUCCGAAAUCAUCCUGAGAGUGGUGUAGACAUGCCUGAAAUCUUUUCAUUCGCUGGUGCAAUAGAUAGAAAAGUUAAAACAAAUACUAAAAUCGUUAGGACAACUGAAACACGAGUUGUUAGCUGUUUCUACGUAAUAGUUUAGUGAGUGUGAUAACCAACGAAGAAAGAAUCAAAAUAUAGAUCUUUUCAACACCCAUUACAUGUAAUCAAAGGCGAUCGAUUGCAUGACUCUUCGCUGCCAUCUUGGUAUUUCUUUUAUGUAGCAGCUAGAUCAUCAAAUAAACAUCAUAGCACAAUUUUUUGAACAGCUCCACAAUUUAUUGAUGAGCAUUUCAACAAAAAAGUAUAUAUUGAUAUAUGUUAGCAUUGUAAUUCAUGGACAACAGACAAUCUCUCUACAUUUUCGUCCUUAAACUUGAAAUGUUCAUAUCUAAGCCAAAUAGGCCCAUUCAAAGAAAUCCUUUUAGGAUUUAUCUAGUCUUACUAAGCACUACGUAUGGUGUAAACAUGAGUCAGAAAGAUUUUAAUCAGGUGGUGGGGUUUCCUCGUUAGUAUGUUUCUCUUUUCGAGAUCUAGUGAAAUGUCUGACAGAUUUCGGAAGAGCCUUAAAGAUUGGAUAAACAAUAGUAAAAUGACUUUUGUUUUUGAAAAAAAACUGAUAAUUUUGUUUGAGCAUUUUCUUUCAAAUAUAUAAUACAGUUUUCAAAGUUUUUCUUUUGAACUUUAGUGGUAUUAAAAAUUGUUGAAGAAAAUAGAUAGUUAGACCACAGAAUGUGUUUCAGAUUUUCUAUAAAUGGAAGAAAUUAUCAUGUUGAAUAAAUGUUAUCUGUAUUUUA